AUGUGCUUUGCAGCGACCUUCGUCUGCUACAUUGAUCGGGUAAAUAUUUCGGUCGCCAUUAUUCCUAUGGCCCAGGAUCUCGGCUGGGACGUCGCCACCCAGGGCGCUGUUCUGUCCUCGUUCUAUAUCGGUUAUUUACUGAUGCAGAUUGGUGGCGGCCGUUUAGCUGACAGAUUUGGCGGCAAGCUGAUUCUCGGUUUAGGCGUGCUUAUCUGGUCAGUGUUCACCAUCAUCACCCCUGCUGCAGCCUUCAUGGGUUUAAGCGCAUUGUUUCUUGCCCGCAUUGGCAUGGGGCUCGGUGAGGCGGUCACAUUCCCAUCUGUCUACAGCCUGAUAACCCGCUGGUUUCCAACGGACGAAAAAUCAAAAGCCAUUGCGCUGAAUGCCAGCGGCAUACCCAUUGGCACCGUGUUUGCUCUGAUUGUGACGCCAUUGAUCGUCCUGCAUUUAGGCUGGGAGUGGGCGUUCUACCUGUUCGGUGCAGUUGGCAUACUCUGGUAUAUCGCAUGGCAACGCCUGGUCACUACGCUGCCACAGAAUCAUCCCGGCAUCAGCUCGGCCGAGCUUGCGCACCUGGAGAACAAUGCACCGGCAUCCGGCACCGCCACGGAAUCACCCAGUAUCCGACAGUUCCUCAGGAACAAACCCUUGUGGGCGAUUAUCGUCGCGCAUUUCUGCAAUAACUGGACGCUGUAUGUGAUCCUGUCCUGGCUGCCAAAGUAUGUAAAUGAAGGCUUAGGUGUUUCGUUUGCAGCGGUAGGCCUGGUUUCGAUGCUGCCGCAUGUCACCUCCUUCUUCUGCCUGAAUAUUGCCGGCUCUCUCGCCGACAGAAUGAUUCGUCAGGGCAUGGACGUGACCUAUGUGCGCAAACUGAUGCAGACGGUAGCAUUUGGCGGACUUGCCAUCUGUUUGUUUCUGAUCACCACCGUCGAUAAUGUCUGGGCGGCGAUCGGCAUAUUGUGUUUGGGUAAAGUGUUUUCAGCUGCCGGUGUGGGUGGGCACAGUGUUAACCAUAUGGAUAUCGGUCCGCGCUACGCGGGAUCGCUGAUGGGUAUCACCAAUACUGCGGGCACCAUCCCAGGUAUUGUUGGCGUCUACGUUUCCGGGUUGAUCCUUGAAUUUACCGGAUCCUGGGAUCUGGUUUUCCAGGUGACCGCCGGUGUCACAUUGUUCGGAAUGAUCUUCUAUCUAGUGUUUGCCAGCGGCGAGAAACAGUUCGAUUAG